CAGGAGAAAUGGUUGACGUUCAGGACCUAAGCAACGUUCUGGCCAUUGAAGGCAUCCACCUCACAGAAGAAGAGUUCCAGGAAGCAUUAAAAAAUGCCCCGGUGGAUGCUGAAGGGAAAGUGAACCUGGAAGAAUUUAUGAAACAGGUGAGAAAGAGCCGACAACAUCGCCAGAGCGAAGAAGGAAUUUCUGUUCUGGAUCUUGGAUCCAUUCUGGCCCGCAAGGGCUUCUUUUUGAAUGACAAAGAGCUCCAGGAAGUCUUGGCGAAUGUGGAUAUUAAUGAGGAUGGAACUGUAAACCUCAGUGACUGUCUCAAAGAAAUCCAAGCGCUCCGAGGGUUGUCAUCAACCAAGAAAAGGGUUACUAUCGAAAACUUGGAGGAAGUCUUGGAUGAAAUGGGCAUCCAGUUAACCAACAAGCAGCUGUAUGAGGCAUUGAAAUGUACUCCGAUUGACGCGGAUGGGACGGUGGACGUGGAAACAUUUAUGAGAGGAGUGCAUUCCGUCUUGUCAAGCCAGCAGACUGGCAAAAUGGUGAACGUGAGCAAACUGGAUUCUAUCCUGGGUGCUAUGGGGCUUCGCUUAACUCAGAUGGAAGUUCAGGAGGCUAUCAAAAGGACAAUCAAUAAGGAUGGUACUGUGAAUAUGAAAGACUUCAUGUGGGCCAUUCAAGACCUCCCCAGCAUUCAGGAUGAAAAAGUGGAUAUUGGCGACCUGGACACUGUCCUAGGUGGCAUGGGAAUCUUCUUAACACAGGAAGAACUGGAGGAAGCGCAGAAGAUUGCAAUGAUGAAUGAGGACGGGACGGUGAAUUUGAAAGAGUUUGUAAGGGCUUGCAAUGUCACUCUAGCCCGCUCUGAGAUGGAGGGAAACUAUGUGGGUAAAAAGUUACAUGCAAAGUCCAUCAAGUUUCCAAAGGUAACAGAGAGGCACCACCAAGAGGCACCAAACAGAAUUCUCUAUCCUGAGACUCCCAGUGACUCGGGCAAAUCCAGAGCAGCAAGGAACCUGACCAAACCACAACUGGAAGCAUUCCGCAAUGCUUACGAUUCCUUCAGCAAGGACUUUGAUGGAACCAUUGAUCUUGGAGCUCUGCAGAGCACGGCCUAUAACUUGGGAAUCAACUUAACUGAGGAGGAAGCCUUUGAUGAGCUGAUGUAUGCAGACACAGAUAGAGAUGGAAAGGUGAAUUUCACAGACUUCCUAAACAUCAUCACAGACAGCAACCGCUUCAUCCAGGCCGUAGCCCCCAGGAAAGGUGACAUGGAGACUGUUGACGCCCGAGGGAUCUUGUUAUUUGAGCUUUUGUCAAAGCUUGUGGAGACUUCUAUGCUGCCAAGGAAAACCACUGUGAAUAUUGUCAGCUACUACCGACAAAAGUUCCUGGAGUCUACUGGCAAGAAAGCUUGGCGCUCCGAUAGCAUCACUGAGAGCAAGUCGGCUCAGAAGAAAGGACCCAUGAAAAAAUCCAAAUCCACCUCCCUGUCUGCUUUUGCUGGUGCUGCCCGUAUCUGCGUCAUGAAAGACAAGGAGUUGGAGGAGUAUGUGGAACAGCUCAAAGAAAAAAUUGCCCCAACAGAGAGCCCCUAUUCUAAGGUGCCCAUCUUCCCCUUGAUCCCCAACCAAGACGGCCUGACGCCGGGAAGGCCAAAGAAGAAUCUCCAGAAGCUGGAGCAGCUGAGGAGGCAGGAGCCCAUCUCCUCUUUUGAGGACCACUUCUUCCAUAAGAAAAGAUGGCUAAAGCAAGAGCCUAAAUCCAACAAGCCCAAAAAGCUCUCCCUCAGUCUCACACCACAGUUGACACAUGGAAAGCGGCGUUUUACUUUUGACAAUCUGGAAGAGAUCCGACGGGAGGUGAAGAAAGCAACAGACGCCUAUAGGAUGGCAAUCGCUCUCCGCGAGCGCAACAAGUCCCUGAAACUCUGGAAGAGAGUGCGCGGCGCAGAGAUUGGGCUGGACGCGGGGAACCCCAGCUUCUACCAGACCUUCUCCACGUACUCCUGGUCAUGGAACGUCUGCCAGGAACUACUGACGCCCCGAGAACUCCAAGAAUAUGACAGGAAAAUGUAUCAGGACAGCUGCCGGUCAUCCGCUACAGGGGAAAAGCUGAUCAAGGCAGGCGGGAGGCAUAAAGGAAGCAAGAAGUAGCCCCCCCAGAUGUUGCUUACUGUGGCAUCCUCCUCUUCACCGGAGGGCGCUCCGUAGGAUGAUCUCGGGCUGGCAUCCGGGACGCAACUCCCAUGUUGGGAAAUGCAGGGCUUCACCUUUGUACACUGGCAAAAUACAGUGAGAAAUUAAGGUAGAAAAGGCA